AGGCCCCGCGCGCACACCCGCCCGAGCGGCUGAGGCGCAGCUCGGCGGUCAGGCGGCGGCGUCCCCGGCCUGGCCAUGGUGCAGGCCUGGUACAUGGACGAGUCGGCCGACGACCCGCGGCGGCCCCACCGCGCGGAGCCCGCGCGCCCGGUCGGCCUGGAGCAGCUGCGCGGGCUCGGGGUCCUCUACUGGAAGCUGGAUCCUGACAAGUAUGAGAAGGACCCGGAGUUAGAGAAGAUCCGGAAAGAGAGACACUACUCCUGGAUGGACGUCAUCACCAUAUGCAAAGACAAGCUUCCAAAUUACGAAGAAAAGAUUAAGAUGUUCUACGAGGAGCAUCUGCACCUGGAUGAUGAGAUCCGCUACAUCCUGGACGGCAGCGGGUACUUUGACGUGCGGGACAGAGAGGACAGGUGGAUUCGGAUCUUCAUGGAGAAGGGGGACAUGAUCACUCUCCCUGCCGGGAUGUACCACCGCUUCACGCUGGACGAGAAGAACUACGUGAAGGCCAUGCGGCUGUUUGUGGGGGACCCGGUGUGGACGGCGUACAACCGGCCAGCUGACCACUUCGAGGCCCGGGGGCAGUACCUGGAGUUCCUGGCGCAGAGGGCCUAGCGGUGCCCCCUUGUGAAGGUCCCGGACCCGAUGGCAGCAGCAGAUCUGUCGUUUUCACCUUGCUUUGGUGUUGUAGACGUGCGGCUGGGUGAGCUUUCCUCUGCAAGCUUGUUUGAUCAGAAGACGAUUUCAUGGAAGUAGCUGUAGAACUGUUUGCUCAUGGAAGCACCUGUGCAAAUCUGGGGUGGUUCAUUUUCUCUGAUUCAGGAUCCGUGGUCAGUGGCCCUCGUCACUUGUGCCUUCAGCUCUGACCCAGUGAGUUUCAGCUCCCCAAAUGUAGCCACUUAGCUGCCCCAUCUGGACCCGACUCUUGGACUUUAAGCGGAUACCAGGCGAGGCCAGGCCUGCCCUGUGCAGAGGGGUGACAGUGGAUGACAGGACUGGCCAGAGAGAAGACUCUUUUCUCCCAAACACAGGGGAAGCCGGGUGGGGGGGUGUCCUGGGGAGGAGCUGGCAUGUGAGGGGGACACUCACUUGAUUAUGCCACCUUCUUGUGCAAAAUAAAGCAGCCGCCUUCGUA